CGGCAACAUAAAAGCGAUGGUUAUUAUAUGAUAAAAGAUAAAAAUAUUAGUAUUAAUGUUAUUAACACAAAAAGACGUACUAAAAGUUGUGAAAGUUUCAAAAAUGAUGAAAAAGAAGACGAAAAUGAAAAUGAAAAUAGAAGAAGUUUAGAAGAAAUUUGGGAUGAAGUGACAAGAAACAGGCAAAAAGGGUGCCGGAAAAUUGGGCUCUGGAAAAUUGGGCUCCAAGAUUUUUCGGAAAUUUGGGCUCCAACUUUUCGGAAAAUUGGGCUCCAGCGGAAUUUUGGGCUCUAA